AUGGACCACAUGGCUUUCCAGGUCCCGGGCAUGGCCCCUCCCAUCAUGAAUCACCCACCACCGCAGGUCUUUGGUAGCUACGAUGGCAUACCACAAUUGCACCCCGAAAUAGCCGCCCAGAUGUUUAACGACUCGGCUAUGAUGCUUGAAGAUGCCAACGAUCCUAAGAGAAGGAGAAUUGCUAGGGCUUGCGAUAUGUGCCGGAAGAAGAAGAUCAAGUGCGACGGCAAGAUGCCGUCUUGUACGCACUGUAUCAACUACAAGACCGAAUGUGUCUUUACUCAAGUAGAGAAGAAGCGCGCUCCUCCCAAAGGUGCAAAGUAUAUCGAGGGUCUUGAGAACCGUUUAAAUCGCAUGGAACAUCUCUUGAGGCUUUCUGGCCUCCUCGACGAGGAUGAUGAUGAUCUUGGUGCUUUGGAGAAGAGGUUAAUGGAGCGGCAACACAAGUCAAGGCAAGCGUCAAUGGCUGUUGGAUCCGGACCAAACUCCCCAACUCACUCUACAUCUGCUCCCUCUGCCAUAGACGCUUCUGCAAUGACUCCUCAGAGCUCACUGACAUCACCCAACUCAAUCGUCAAGGAAGAGAAGCGCAAGUCGGCGACGCCAGCUCCUUCGACGGCCCCUUCAACCGCUCCAGCGCCAAAUGCGAAUGGAGAAGAGGUGAAAACAGAAGAGCCGGAGGAGGUGGAGGCUCUAUCAGAGAUGAUGUGCUCUCUGGUGACCAACAACUACGGAGAGACUAGAUACAUCGGCUCAUCUUCUGGCUUCUCUAUUUUCUCGCCCAAGGGAGUCUCGUGGGUGAACUCAAAGACUGGCGACGACUCUUUCCAACGGACUAUAUCGGACAUUUCUGUCGACGACCACAAGUGGACUAACUGGAAGCCUGAGGUCUUUAGCGAUCUAUUCCAGCGACCUAUUUUCCGACCCUUGCCUCCCAAGACUGAAGCCCUGUCUCUACUCCAGGAUUACUUUGACAACUUCAACUGCAUCUUCCCCCUGUUUCAUCAGCCAACCUUUAUGCACUUGGUCCAGAUGCAGUAUUCGUCAGAGCCGUACCAAGGAUCUGGGUGGUGGGCCAGUCUCAAUUGUGCGCUCGCUAUCGCCCACCGUCUGCGUGUUAUGAGCAAUCUAGUCCCGCAGGAUGAGGACGAGAAGGCAUGGGGCUACCUCAAGAACGCCAUUGGUGUUUUCCCCGAGUUGACGAUGCGCAACACUGAUUUGCUAAGCGUUCAGGCUCUUCUUGGCAUGGCCCUGUUCUUGCAAGGAACACCCAACCCACAGCCUACAUUCUUACUGGUUUCAGCGGCGAUGCGUCUAGCACAGAGCAUUGGUCUUCAUAAACGUGGUACUGGGUUCAACCUCAACCCUAUCGAGAUCGAGCAGCGCAAGAGAGUCUUCUGGAUCGCUUACAUGCUUGACAAGGACCUUUGUCUCCGAGCCGGUCGUCCACCCGCCCAGGACGAUGAUGACAUGAAUGUCGAGCUUCCCGAUGCCGAUCCAGCCGACAAUAUUGGCAAUAUCCCACUGGCUGAUGGCAAGGGUAAGAUGAAUCUCUUCCGAGUCAUGUGCGAGUUCGCAACCAUCGAGAGCGAGGUCUACAAGAGAUUGUACUCUGUCCAAGCUACCAAACAAUCCGACGGUGAACUGCUCAAUACUAUCGGCGAGUUGGAUCAAAAGCUGGAGGAGUGGAAGGACAGUAUUCCCAUCGAUUAUCGCCCUGAGCACGACAUCAACGCCUCCCACACGCCCCUAAUUCUCCACGUUGUCAUGUUGCAUCUUACAUACUACAACUGCCUCACGACAAUCCAUCGCAUGUCGGUCCACCACGGCUACUGGACUAGUCGAUUGGCCAACUAUGCUAUUCAGGGCCUGAAUGCCCGACCUCUGAACCCGCGCGUCUUUUCGUCAGCGGCACUAUGCACAGCUGCAGCACGAGCCUCUGUCUCGCUGCUGAAGUAUGUGCCUCAGGGUGAUUUCGCUUGUGUCUGGAUGAUUCUUUACUUCCCUGUCUCUGCACUGGUGACCUUGUUUGGAAACAUUCUUCAAAAUCCCCUUGAUCCCAGGGCAAAGUCGGAUACCCGACUCAUGAACAUCGUUGUCACCUUCCUCUCUAUGCUUGGGCAGGAGGCUGAGCAAGGAGGUGUUCACCGAAUGCUCGGUAUCUGCGCCGAAUUCGAGCGCAUAGCCAAGGCUGUCAUCGACAAGGCUGAAAAGGAGCAGUCGUCUCGGCGCAAGCGCAAGAACCAGGACUCGGCGAACAAAUCAUCUGCCAAUGCGCCCGCUGCCCGGCAAAACGCUGCCAAAGAAUCGGUACGCUCUGCUUCGGUGUCUUCUACUGCUCAUAGAAGAUCUUCGCAAGCACAGCUAUCGCCGCCUUCAAACGGAGACUCGAUGGGAGCGUUCUCCGUAGGUACACCGAUGAAUGAUCUUUCACCAUCAGCAAUGUCAGCUGGUUGGCCGCAAGAGUUCCCGGUGCCGCAGCCUCACCAGAACGGUGAUUAUGAUUCGGCAAUGAGCUAUGGCGAAGGAAGUAUGCACUCUCCGGGGAUGCCAGUGUCGGCGUUUCAACAACCGCUCCUCCCACAAGACCUUUUUUCUCUGCCCAUGACACUGGACUGGAGCUGGGCUGAGAUGACCACUGGUGCGUACCCGACAGUUGAGAAUGGUAACUUUGGUGGUGAUUAA